AUGGCUUCUGCAGCAGCAGAGGCGGAGAAGGGGUCUCCAGUUGUGGUGGGGCUGCUGGUCAUGGGCAACAUCAUUAUUCUGCUGUCAGGACUGGCCCUGUUUGCUGAGACAGUAUGGGUGACAGCCGACCAGUACCGUGUGUACCCACUGAUGGGUGUCUCAGGCAAAGAUGAUGUCUUCGCUGGCGCCUGGAUCGCAAUCUUCUGUGGCUUCUCCUUCUUCGUGGUGGCCAGCUUUGGUGUGGGCGCAGUGCUCUGCCACCGCCGGUCCAUGAUUCUCACGUAUUUGGUGCUGAUGCUCAUCAUCUACAUCUUUGAAUGCGCCUCCUGUAUCACGUCCUACACCCACAGAGACUAUAUGGUGUCCAACCCGUCCCUGAUCACCAAGCAGAUGCUGACCUUCUAUGGUGCAGACACAGACCAGGGCCAGGAACUGACCCGCCUCUGGGAUCGCAUCAUGAUUGAGCAAGAAUGCUGUGGCACAUCUGGUCCCAUGGACUGGGUGAACUUCACAUCAGCCUUCCGGGCGGCCACUCCGGAAGUGAUGUUCCCCUGGCCCCCACUGUGCUGUCGCAGGACGGGAAACUUCAUCCCCAUCAAUGAAGAGGGCUGUCGCCUGGGCCACAUGGACUACCUAUUCACCAAGGGCUGCUUCGAACACAUCGGCCAUGCCAUCGACAGCUACACAUGGGGCAUCUCAUGGUUUGGCUUUGCCAUCCUGAUGUGGACGCUCCCAGUGAUGCUGAUAGCCAUGUAUUUCUACACCACACUCUGA